AUGGCCUCAUCGUUACCAACCCUCGAUCCCUCGAUCCCGUCCACCGCAUCCGCGAAAUCAUACCAACUUCUCCCGGAGGCACAAAAGGCAGGCGCGGCAGAGGAUGCGCUGCACCAACAGCAAGUGAAGGAUGUCGAGGCGUGGUGGGCGUCACCCCGGUUCGCCGGGAUCAAACGAGACUGGACGGCUGCCGACGUAGUGAGCAAGCGCGGUUCGCUACAACAGUCAUAUCCGAGCUCGGUGAUGGCGCGCAAGCUUUGGAACCUCAUCCGCGAGCGCGAGGCGGCCGGCCAGCCGAUCCACACCAUGGGCGCAAUCGACCCCAUCCAGAUGACGCAGCAGGCGCCACACCAGGAGGUGCUCUACAUUUCCGGGUGGGCGUGCUCAUCGCUUUUGACGACGACGAACGAAGUGUCGCCGGACUUUGGCGACUACCCAUACAACACGGUGCCCAACCAGGUGCAGCGCAUGUUUAAGGCCCAGAGCAUGCACGACCGCAAACACUGGUUCUUGCGAUCUCAGAUGACGGCCGAGGAGCGUGCCAAGACACCCUACGUCGACUACUUCCGCCCUAUCAUCGCCGACGGUGACACGGGCCACGGUGGACUGACGGCCGUCAUGAAACUAGCCAAGUUGUUCGCCGAGAACGGCGCUGCGGCGGUGCACUUUGAAGAUCAGAUGCACGGCGGGAAGAAGUGCGGCCAUUUGGCGGGCAAGGUACUCGUCCCAACGAGCGAGCACAUCAACCGGCUGAAGGCGGCGCGGUUCCAGUGGGACGUUAUGGGCACGGAGAACCUGGUCAUCGCGCGCACCGACUCGGAGAGCGGCAAGUUGCUGUCAUCGUCAGUUGACGUGCGCGACCACGAGUUUAUUCUCGGCGUGGCGGACCCGGCUGCCGAGUCGCUUGCUGAGACGCUCGCGGCUAUGGAAGCCAAGGGCGCUUCGGGAGCCGAGAUCGACGCGUUCGAGGCGCAAUGGGUGAAGAGCACCAAGCUUGUCACAUUUGACGAGGCGGCGGUAGCCCACUUCGAAGCCAACGGUGUCAGUGCGGACAAGAUUGCCACUUACACCUCCGCUGUCGCUGCCGACCGCGACAUGGGCAUCACCUCCCGGCGCAAGCUCGCCGAGUCCAUCACACCUAACAACCCGGUCUACUGGAACUGGGACGUGCCGCGCACACGCGAAGGCUUCUACCACUUCCGCGCAGGCAUGGCGCCCGCCACCAAACGCGCGCUCGCCUUCGCGCCCUACGCUGACAUGCUCUGGGUGGAGACGGGCGACCCCAACGUGAAGGUGUGCGCGGACCUCGGGCGCGCCGUGCGGUCCCGCUUCGCCGGCAAGCCGCUCGUCUACAACUUGUCGCCAUCGUUCAACUGGAUGGCGCACGGGUUCACGCCCGAGUCCCUACAGAGCUUCAUCUGGGACAUUGCGCGGGAAGGGUUCGUACUGCAGCUGGUCAGCCUGGCGGGCCUGCACAGCACAGCAACCAUCAGCAGCGAGCUGGCGAGGCGGUUUAAGGGGGAGGGCAUGGCGGCGUAUGUGGAGCUCGUGCAGAAGCCUGAGAAGGAGCUCGGCGUAGACGUGCUCACCCACCAGAAGUGGAGUGGGGCCAAUUAUGUGGAUGCGGUGCUGGGGCACAUCCAAAGCGGGAGCUCAGGGAGCAAGAGCAUGGGUGAGGGGAAUACAGAGGGGCAGUUUGUGUAG